AAGCUGGCUCUGUGGGCUCAGGUCGUCGUGGGCCAGAUCCGCACGCAGCUUCUAGUCAAACAUCCAGUCUAUCGACAACCUUGCAUGACAUGGCUUUGCAUCACGCGCAUACGCAUGACUUGCAACCCAUUUUGGCACGGUGACGGUUCUUGCUCAGGCGCAGAGGCGGAGAAUGACGUCGUGCAUGCAGUCACGUCCCCGCGCCUGCUGGUCCAGGAUGGUCUUUCCUCUAAUACUGUACUUACCUCGACAUCUUAGCCACUCAAACGAGUAUAGCUGACCGCAUAUAAGCCAUGCCCGAGCAUCGCGCCCCGAAGGACGGCCUCAUUCUUGCUAUCAACGCGGGCUCCUCGUCCCUCAAGAUAUCACUGUACCGCCGCACAGACGGCCACGCCACAAGUCCCGGACACGGCGCCGUCGAACUACUCUUGACGUCCAGCAUCACGAACAUAUCCUCGCCUCCUGCUUCCUUCACCUUUCAACUCGCAUCCCACAAAGAGGGACGUGAGGCGAAGAAGGAGUCUGUGGACGGGAUCAAAGACCAUGCCGCAGCGUUCUCCUACUUUCUGGAUCAUCUGAAGAACGAGAGCAGGAUCGACAGAGAGUCUAUCGUGCACGUCUGCCACCGCGUCGUGCAUGGCGGCGACUACUACGAGCCUGUGAUCAUAGACUCGGAGAGUUAUCAUCACAUUGAGAAUUUGUCUGAUCUGGCUCCUCUCCACAAUGGUGCCGCGCUUUCGGUGAUGAAGAGUGCCAUCGAGUCUCUCCCCAAGGCAAGCUCAAUAGCCUACUUUGAUACCACGUUCCACCGCUCGAUACCACUACACAUCGCGAGCUACGCUAUCAACCCAGAGGUUGCACACAAACGUGGUUUGAAGAAGUAUGGCUUCCAUGGACUAAGUUACGCGUAUAUUCUUGGUGCUGUUGGCCACUAUUUGCAGAAGGACACGUCUUCACUGAACCUCAUCAUCAUGCACCUCGGCUCCGGCGCCUCCUUAUGUGCCAUUCGGAAUGGCCAAUCGCUCGAUACAUCCAUGGGGUUGACACCCGUCUCCGGCCUCCCAGGCGCGACACGCAGCGGGCUCGUCGACCCCUCGCUCAUCUUCCACUACACAAACCGCGCCGGGCGGAUCACGCACGACCCGCACCAGGCCGUCGACGUGCGCGUCACGCAGGCCGAGCAGAUCCUCAACCUCGAGUCUGGCUGGAAGGCGCUCACGGGGACGUCCGACUUUGGCGAGGUCGUGAAGAACAUGCAGGAGCAUUUGCAGCACCAGGGCGCGACGCAGGGCAGGGACGUCGUCGACUGGCAGAGCGAGGCCAAGUGGAAGCUCGCGUUCGACCUGUUUGUGGACAGGAUCGUCGGCUUCGUGGGGUCGUACUACGUGAGGCUGGGUGGGAAGGUGGACGCGCUUGUAUUUUCUGGUGGGAUCGGCGAGAAGAGUGUCGAGCUCCGGGAGGCCGUCGUUCGGAAUGCGGAGUGCCUUGGCUUCCAGCUCGAUGAGGCGGCGAACGCGAAAGUGGGCGAACAGGAAGGCGUGGCGGUCAAUGCAGGAAAGAGGGCAGAUACCUCGCGUGUGCUGGUGUGCAGGACAGAUGAGCAGCUCGAGAUGGCGAAGGAGUGUGCUCUGGAGGAGAAGUUCUGGCAGUGAUGUUUUGCGUGCGCAGAUGAUGCACAGUGCUACGCAUUGCAGGCAGUUUGGAUUGAGCAAGGGGCAUUGUCACUGCUGUAGGGCUGUCAUCUACAGUC